AUGAGUAUUACUCAAUUCGCCAUGGUUGAGGAGUUGGCUUUUCUUGUGAAGGACAAUCUUCCUUGCAAGCAUCUUGUUCUUACAUUGGAAGAACUCUUAGUUAACUAUCUUCAGGAUGAGGAUACAAGUUCAGACGGGAUCUUGGAAUUGGAACCGAUGAACUCCUACAACCGUCUUCUCUUACACCGCCUUGCUGAGAUAUUUGGGUUUGCACAUGAAUCUGUUGGUGAAGGAGAAGAUCGCCAUUUGAUUCUGGAGAGAUGUCCAGAUACAUCCAUACCUCCAAUCCUUGUUAGUGAUAUCCUGUGGCAGAAUGAUGAACCUCAGUCUUUGAUGUCAUCACACCAAAUAUUAAGAAGAAAAGAAGCCUCUCCUGUACUACAUACAAAUACGACAUCCGUUCAGCAGACACUGGAGGAAAGAAAAGCAGCUUAUUUAGCUGCGCGUGAGCGGAUUUUUUCUAUGAGUUUGGAAGAUGCAAAAGAGCCUGAUGAACAAAAACCACGAAGCGUGCCUGUGGUUGCCCGUCGAAUGAUUGCACAUGCAUUAGGUCAGAGAAUCAAUACAAAGAAUCCGAAUGAGUUGGUUAGUGAUAGUACGAAGGAUAGAGUUCUCCCAGAUGAAUUAAAUGCUCAAGAUAAGUCGGAUCAUACCAAAAAUUCUGAAGUGUCUUUAUUGAGAAGAAACAGCAUUACAAGAAACAGUAGCAGUUCUACUUCCAAUGCAGCCUCACCGAAUAAAAGGAACGGUCAAACACCAGUUAACAGAAAUUUGCUGCAAGACGGGAAACAACGGCAAAGUGUGAGCAAAGAGCACAUGAAAAAAGAGCACUUAGGAGCUGCGAAGAGAAUGUUUGCUCAUGCUUUGGGAGUACCCUCUGGGAAGGAUGGUUCUGUUCCUAGAAGUGGAAAUGGAGAAAAAAACAAGAAUUAA